AUGGCAACCACUCAAGUACGUUCCACUAAGGCUUCCAUCGCCAUUAUUGGCGCUGGCCCAUGUGGACUGACCUUUGCUCGGCUUCUCGAGCAAAACAACAUCGACUAUGUCGUCUUCGAACGGGACGCAAACUCGACUCCGACACCGCUUUAUCAGGGCGGUACACUGGAUCUGCAUGCCAAAUCUGGACAGCAAGCCAUCAAGAGAGCUGGACUAUUUGAAGAGUUCAAGAAGCUGGCUCGAUGGGAUGCUACGCGACUCGUCAUCCAGAACCCGGAAUGUACCCUCAAGAAAUCGUUCGGAGAGGAGCGCGACGCUCCAGAGAUUGACCGCUUUCAGUUGCGGCAACUUCUCCUCGAUUCCAUCCCUUCCCACAGGGUUCGUUGGGGCCACGGCGUGCAAAGCAUUGAGAGAGACCCGAAUUCCGGCCCCGAGGCUCCACUAUGGGUUGUGAACUUCAACAAUAGCACUUGUGCAUCUGGAUUCCAGCUUGUAGUCGGUGCUGAUGGAGCGUGGAGCAAGGUCCGACCUCUGCUUACGUCCGCAAAGCCCGAGUACUCGGGCAAAUUGUUCAUUGAGGGCCGUAUUACGCACGGCAAUCCAAGCUAUGCAGCCGCCGUGGAACUUGUAGGGCCCGGAAACAUGGGGGCAUGGGGUCACGGCCGAGCACUCAUGGUUCAACAAGUCGCCGACCGGUCAUAUCGAGUUUACAUGGGCUUGGAGGGCCCCGAGAAUUUGACGAGCACGGUGCUCGACAUGGCCGAUACCGAGGCCACUAGGCAUAAGUUGCUAUCUUUGCCAGAGUUCUUCAGCAACCAUGCUCCCGAGCUGCUACAGUUCAUCGCAGAAGCCGAGGGACCGUUCCGUCCGUGGCCACUUCAUCGCAUGCCCGUCUCCUCUCUGAACUGGGCCCACGUUCCCGGAGUCACGCUUCUUGGUGAUGCUGCGCAUGUCUCAACGCCGUUUGUGGGCGAAGGGGUCAAUCUGGCCAUGCACGAUGCCCUCCGACUUGCAAACAGCAUCGAAAAGUAUUGCCGUGAUUCGGAGGGCAAAAUGCAUCUUGGUUUUGUCCAGCUUGAGAAAGCUCUUGUGGAGUACGAAACAGACAUGUUAUUGCGUGCCCAGGACUACAUCAGUCGUUGUAUUUUCAUGGAAUCGUUGUUUUUCGCUGAUGAUGCUGCCCAGCAGCUCAUUGACUUGUUCACGGAUGCUGUGGAGAAACAGCAGGAGCAGCUGCUUGUUGGAGAAAAAUGA